AUGUUUCAUUUGGCACAGUCUCUGUACACACAUCUAAUGGAAUGGCCAGAGUAUUCUGUGCUCAUUUUGGGAUUGGACAAUGCUGGUAAAACAACACUUUUGGAGGAGCUUAAGGAACGAUACAUCAAGGGAUACAAAAAAAUACCAUCGGGCCGGAUCAUCCCCACGGUGGGGCAGAACAUGACCACGCUGGCGGUCGACAAUGAGGUACGGUUGAAGUUUUGGGACGUUGGUGGACAGGAUGCACUACGAGAAUUGUGGGAGGACUACUAUAGUGACUCUCAUGGAAUUGUGUUUGUCAUUGAUUCAUGCGAUGCGGAGAGAUUGAACGAAUGCAAGAAUACAUUAGAGAAGAUUAUAAACGACGAUAAGGUUGAAGGGUUACCGAUAUUGAUGUUGGCGAACAAACAGGAUAUGCCCCAAGCUUUAGAGAUUGCCAAUAUAAAGGAGGUCUUUAACAAAAUGGCCGAACAUUUGAAUGCCAACGAUUCCAGUGUUUUGGCUAUUUCUGCGCGUACUGGAGAAGGUGUAUCUGAGGCAGUCAAAUGGAUCAAAGACAGGGUUGUGCUGAAUAAAGAUGCCAGACCUCCAAAGUUUCGCAAGUAG